CUUCUUCUCCGUCUCUGCAUUCUUGAACCCUAGUCUUCUCCUCUCCAUCUCCCAAUCCAUUCGAGCUUUGAUCCGAGCUUCUCGAUGAGUUCAACGGCGGCGGGGGAGGAGACGGAGGAGGGUAGCCAAACGGCGGCGGCGGUGGAAUUGCUGUCUCGGACGGUGAUGGAGAUCUCGGGGUUGCCGGAGUUCCGAGGACCGAUGAGGAGCUCCUGCUAUGACCUUUCUCGGCGAGUGAGGCUUCUCAGCCCGCUCUUCGACGAGCUCAGGGACGCCGUGAGGGAUGGUUCUAUUAGUGGACUUGAUGUUAGCUCUUUGGGCUCUCUCGUUGAUGCGUUGGUAUCAGCGAAGGAGCUCUUGAGGUCCGUCUGCGAAGGGAGCAAGCUUUAUCAGGUUCUUCAAUACGAAGAAUUUGCAAGCAAAUUUCAAGAAGUGGCAGAACAUAUUGAGAAAGCACUGAGUGACAUAGCAUAUGAUAGGAUUGCUAUGUCUGAAGAAGUUAAAGAACAGGUUGAGCUUGUGCAUUCUCAAUUCCAGAGAGCAAAAGGGAGAAUCAACUCUCCUGAUACACAGCUUCUUGCAGAUCUGUCUUUGGCAUGCAAUGUAAAGUUUGCAGAGCCUGCAGUUCUCAAAAGACUUUCAGAAAAACUGCAGCUAAGGACCAUCAAUGAUCUCACGAAGGAAUCUGCUGCUUUAAAUGACAUGGUAAUAGUUAGUGAUGGAAAUCCAGAUGAACAUCUGGAAGAAAUGUCAUUCGUGCUCAAGAAACUCAAGGAUUGUGUGGUUACAGAAAAUCCAAUUUCUGAUGUUCCUGAAAACAAACCAAGCCUUGGGAAACUUAAAUUUCCUGUUAUUCCAGAUGACUUUCGCUGCCCUAUCUCUCUUGAACUGAUGAGGGAUCCUGUCAUCGUCUCCACUGGACAGACGUAUGAGAGGUCUUGCAUCCAAAAAUGGUUGGAUGCCGGACACAAAACCUGUCCAAAGACACAGCAGAACUUAUCACAUAUGGCUCUCACUCCCAAUUUUGUAUUGAGGAGCCUUAUUGCACAAUGGUGUGAGACUAAUGGCAUUGAACUUCCUAAAAAACAGGGACGAUGUCGGGACAAGAAAUCUGGAAGUUCUUCUGAUUGUGAUCGCGCUGGUGUCUACUUACUGCUACAGAAAUUAGAGAAUGGGAGCAGAGAUGAACAAAGAGCAGCUGCUGGUGAACUCCGACUGCUUGCAAAGAGAAAUUCUGACAAUAGAGUAUGCAUUGCCGAAGCAGGGGCAAUUCCCUUGCUUGUAAAAUUCCUUUCUUCUCCUGAUCCUAGGACGCAAGAACAUGCUGUCACCGCGCUCCUUAACCUCUCAAUCAAUGAAAGUAACAAGGGAAGUAUAGUUGGCACAGGUGCAAUACCUCUAAUGGUGGAAGUGCUUAAAAAUGGAAGCAUGGAAGCCAGAGAGAACGCUGCAGCAACCCUUUUCAGCCUGUCAGUUAUACCUGAUAACAAAGUAACAAUUGGGAAAGCCGGAGCUAUUCCUCCUCUAAUCGACUUGUUAUGUCAAGGGAGCCCGAGAGGCAAGAAAGAUGCGGCUACUGCACUAUUCAACCUAGCCAUCUACCAGGGUAACAAAGUGAAAGCUGUGAAAGCCGGGAUUGUUACUCACCUGAUGAAACUAUUAGUUGAUCACAGUGCAGGGAUGCUGGAUGAAGCAUUAGCAAUAUUAGCAGUUCUCUCAAGUCAUUCAGAAGGAAGAACAGCAAUUGCCGAGACAUCUCCUAUUCCGAUCCUCGUCGAGGUGGUGAGGGCCGGGUCUCCACGGAAUAAGGAAAAUGCAGCUGCCAUAUUGUGGUCCCUCUGCACCACUGAUGUGCAACAGCUGAAGAUCCUAAAGGAAUUAUCAGCAGAAGAAACACUAAAGGAUUUGUCGGAGAACGGUACAGAUCGAGCAAAACGAAAGGCCGGAAGUCUUUUGCAGUUGAUACAACAUGCAACGGAGGCAUGAUCUUUGUGAAUUAAUGUUGUCAUGUAGAAUAAUAUUGCUAUAAUAAGAGUAUAUGCAUAUAGAUUGUGUGAGUCUCAUAGUUACAGGUUUUUGAACCUCAGAAUGUUUGGUAUCAAACUGUUCAUAUGUACUAUUCAUUUGACUGUGUAUAAUUUGUGUUGUGCAGUGUGUGAA